GCCAGUGGAAUAACUGGUUGGACGAUUACGAAUGCUCUAAUUGAAGGUUAUCCUGAUGGCAACACCUUUUCUCAGGUGACUGCUCUCACAAAUAGAUCUUUGACAACACAAGCGGCACAAUGGCCGUCUUCAGUGAAGCUUCAAGUGGUCAGUGGCUUGGAUCUUCUCACAGAAAAGGGACAAGGUGGACUCAACGAGGAAAUGAGAUCAAAAGUCAAGGGGAUCGAAACUGUGACCCAUGUAUUUUUCUUUGGUACGUGAAGUAGUAUUGAGAGAAGAAGAAAUACCCACAGCUUAGCUCACUAUCACAAGCAUAUAUCAUGGAUCUUGAUGCAGACAAAGAGAUCGCCGUUAAUAUCAAGCUGUUGGAUAGAGCCAUGACUGUGGUUGAGAGUUUGUCACCAAUCUCAAAUUUGUUGCUCUUCCAACAGGAACAAAGGCAUGUAAAGAAAACCGCGCAGAUUAAACCUUCUGACGAACGCAGACAUAUGGAGUGCAUCUUCUCCGAUCCUUUCCCUUCAUCCCGCCAUUAUCUGAAUCGCUCCUACGAAUUCCCGAACCUCAUGCCUCCCAAAUGUUCUAUUAUGCCCAAGUGGACUAUCUAUCCCAAUCCUGCCGGGGAAAACGCUGGAAAUACUGCGAGAUAAUUCCAGACAUGAUCGUAGGGUUCGUACCAAACAACAAUAUUUAUUGCCUCGCUCAAACUCUGGCCACAUAUCUCUCACUAUACUCAGCCGUCGAGGGAAAAGGCUCAGAAUAUGCAUUCCCAGGAACUGAGCAGAGUUGGAAAAUAAAGAGCAAUGACUCCAGCCAAGAUAUAGUUGCAAGAUUUACCAUUCAUGCCAGUCUUCAUCCCGAAAUCUCGCACGAGGGGAGAUUUAACGCAGCUGACAAUGCUGUCCCCUCUUCAUGGUCCAAGAAAUGGCCCAUCAUAUGCGAAUAUUUCGGAUUGAAAGGUACCACACCUCCAGUUGGGAGUUCUGGCCCACAACCCGGAAAGUAUAUUGCGGAUCACUUGGACGAAUGGAAAGAAUUGGAGGUUAGAAUGGGGUUACAGACUGGGAGAGUUGGAAAUGAGAGAAGUUUUGGGGGAUUCCAGUAUUUCAUCAUGACGAUGUUUGAUUUUCAUCGACACCUGGAUAUGAGCGAAAGCCAUAACGCUUGGGGUGACAAGAAAGAGGAGACUGACGUCAAGGGAGCUUGGUGGACAGCUUUUGAUAGGUUUAGGAAGGCAAGGAUUAUUCCUUAA